UCAUCAGUAUCAUUCAAGUUAUCUACGGUUUCAGAUGGAGAAAAUGGCGAAACAACAUUUUGUUUUGGAGUCAUUUUACAUAGUAUCCUUGGUGAUCCAGGGAACUAUCUUGAUUGUCUCUGGAUUGGAAACUUCACCUUAUACAGGCGAACAUACAUUUUACGCUGCAGAAAAUCGCGCACUACAAGGGUUAGCAUAUGCAAACAAAACUCUGCGUUCUCGCGUCCUCUGUGCACGGGAAUGCAGCAUGGAUGAACGUUGCAAGUCGUUUAACUUUAACGACUGCAAUAACAUGUGCGAGUUACACCUUGCCACAAGACGAGAGCAUCCCGAAGACUUCAAUGCAACUCAAGGGAGUGUGUACUUUGAUGCAGAUGAGGACACACCUCUCUACUCACUGACUAAUAGUCCCUUGAAUUCCUACAGAAGUUGCAAGAUGCUCUUAGAUGCCGGUUAUCGUUCAAGCGGUAUCUACACAAUCAACCCAGAGGGAUUCGGUAAUGGCGGUCUUCUUGUCUACUGUGACAUGGAAACUGACGGCGGAGGAUGGAUCGUGUUUCAGAGGCGACAAGAUGGCAGCGUGGACUUUUACCGUAAAUGGGCCGAGUACCAGCUUGGGUUUGGCGAUCUGUCCGGUGAGUUCUGGUUGGGCAAUGACAACUUGGUGACUCUGACGUCUGAUGAUUCACAAGGAACAUGGGAGCUACGCGUUGAUUUGGGGGACUGGGCGGGCAACACGGCAUGGGCAAAGUACGCAGAUUUCCAAAUAUCCGGGGGUGAGUACAAUCUGUAUAUUGGCCAAUACGAUGCCAGCGGCACUGCCGGUGACUCUCUUGCGUUAAGCAGAGGACGUCCCUUCUCAACAAAGGACAUUGACAAUGAUGCAUUGGGAUCAUAUAGUUGUGCACAAUCCCGCCACGGAGCCUGGUGGUUUGGUGGUUGUUCGCAUUCCAACUUGAAUGGUGAAUAUUACCCAGAUGAGCAUGCAGCCGCUGAUGAAAAGGGCGUGCAUUGGCGCCACUGGAAAGACCUUUCCUAUUCUCUGAAAACCAGCCAGAUGAAACUCCGUGCGAAGCGGCAAUGAGUACUUUUUUGCAAACUGACAUUAAGUUGGUUAUUGUAAACUCAAAAUUUAAUAUUGACACGCCCACCGUGGAGGGCAUGGCAAAUUUCCAAAGCGACGGAGCCUACCGGAGUGUGGAUGUUAAAUCCCUUCCCGGCCUUAAUAAAUAAUAGAUGAAAAAUAUAUCGAAUGAAACGACGGGUAAAGUUUAAUCGGUAAUUUGUUUGGGACAAGUUUAGAAUUAUUUGCGUCCUGACAACAAUUCAUUUGGUAGACUGGUUUCCACCUCUAUCAGAACCAGUGUACUUGCAGAGCAGAGCUGCUAGAGAGAAAACAGGUUUAUUUGGGGUUUUUUUGGACGCCCACAAAAGCGAAAAAAGCAGGUGAAUUGAAAUUAUCCGCCGCAUAUCUAUAUUCAAUACUUUUGGUUAAAUGUGAAAAGUUGUUUAAUCUCGUGCUUUAUGAUCUAUGGAUAAGAGGCAGCCAAAACAGCACAUUAUUUAACACUGGCUCGAGCUCACAAAAAGGAUAAAAGCUAAAAUUCAAAAUGUUUUAAGUCUUGAUGGA